AUGCAGGAAGUGGACUUCUCGCCCUCAGGCCUGAGCAUUUCCGAGCGGAGCCUUGCCGUCCCCGUCCACGAACUCAUCGGCCGGAACCCUCCUGGUCUGGCCCUAGCUCGAGUCGGGGCGCGGAGCGAAGGCCCCAGCUUCCCGCAGGGGAGCCGCGACGGCCGGGGAGAACACAGAAGGGACCCUGGGCUCUCGCGCCCGCCUCUCCGUGAGCAGCGCGGCGCCUUCACCUCGUCAACGUCCGCCCGUGAAGCCCCUCGGCUCCCGCGAGGCCACGACGGAUGCCUGAGGACGCGGACCCCGACUCUGAAGCCUGUGCCCGCAGUUUUCCGGGAUUCAUCUUGCUCCCGCAUGACCACCGCCUCGGCGCUGGGCGACCUGCAGCCGCUUCCCGGCCACGUCCUCCCUUCUCGAAGGGCCAAGGCGCCCCAGAGUGGGUGUCGGGGUGACGUGUCCACCCGGCGGCUGCGUCUGCCGGGCAGCUCCUCUGUGCGGCCGGCGGCCCCGGGCUCCUGGUGCCACGCGGUCACUCUGCUGGUCCUGUUGCUGGAAAGGGUGAGGAGAUUUGGGCACGGCCGCAGCCGGACGCCCCUGCGCCAGGCAGCAGCUGGGCUGGAGCAGCGUCCCUCGGGCUCAGUCCCCACAGGGCCCCACUCCCAGACCUGGCCCCGACAGCCCGUGCAGCGGACCCCAAGCCCAGCACCCGCAGCCCCGGGACCUCACCCACUGCCCCCAGGGGCUGUGUCCCAGCCGUGGGCACCCAGGGCUGACCGGGAGCUGCAGGGUGACCUCUCUGGGGGCCCUCAGGCCUCCUUCAAGCUGCUGCAGAGGGCUCUACAGUCCGGCCUCCGGUGUCCGGUGACGGACGGGGGAGCGUGGGCCGAGAGGCCAGCGCCUGUGCCCAUCAAGAUGCCCCCGCCGCUGCAGGACCCGAGAGGAUGCGAAUUCUGCACAGACGGGCAAGACGCGGACCCGCGGAAGCCCCCGCCGCCCCCCGGGACCCCAGCCCCUUCACGUGUUACCCGCACUCACGUUCCCGCAGGGCCCCAGUACAGGGGUGUCUCAACCCCUCUGGCCACAUCCAAGAUCACGUACGUUAAGAGGAAGCUGGUGGAAGAAGACGAUGUUCACCCCCCACUUAGCUGCACCCACAAAACCAUCUCGGUGUUCGAGGAACGCGCCCACAUCCUCUACAUGUCCCUGGAGAAGCUCAAGUUCAUCGACGACCCCGAGGCGUACCUGCGCAGGUCUGUGCUCAUCAACAACCUGAUGAAGCGCAUUCACGGGGAGAUCAUCACGCACAGCAGCUGGUGCUUCCCCGCCUGCGCCUUCCACGGGGCGCCAGCGGCCCAGGAGUGGUUCGGGGUCCAGGACUGCCCCUACCGGAAGCGGCCGCGGGUGGCCAGGGACCAGCGCGAGCGGCCCCCCGCCUGCUGCGUGUACCAGGAGCCCAGCUGCCCACCGGCGCCGGCGGACUUGCUUUGGGGCUCUGGGUUUUUUGUCGGAGGCAUUACUGGGCACGAUGACCCUGAAGCCCUUCCCAGAGGCCGGGCCCGCGUGACCGGGAGACGCCGGUGGCUCUGGCCCUCCCUGGCCCGGACGCCCCGGCACAGCACCGGCCUCUCCAGUCCGACGCCCCUGCGGCUGGCUGUGGCGGGUGCCCGUCGUCGGUGGUACGAGCGGCUGACCAGCGCGGCGGACCAUGGGAAUGAUGGAGAACACGGAGGUCACGGCCAUGAUCGCUGCCAGCGCGUCCUCGGGGAGCGGCUCGCCCCACACAGCUCCCCGGCGUCCCCAGACGCCCCAGCGGACUGGAAUCACCCCGAGAAGCAGCCGGAGCGCAGGCGCCCACUCAGCCCCUCUGGCGGCCCCUCUGUGCGAGGCUGA